AUGAAGUAUAUAGAGAUACCAUCUCUAUCCCAUUUGGCCCAGUCGCUCACCCAUGAAGGCCCAGAAUGUUCUGUUCACACGCGGAUGGAGGCAUACAGUUGCAAGAACAUCAAGCGCGACAAAAAGCUCUUCAAAGCUCUCGAAAACGCGUACCAGGAAGAUGUUUCCAAUUCCCCUCCCCUGCCCUCGUGGCUUGCCCUCGACCGUGAGGCAGAAAUGACUCCAUUCGGCCCCAUCGACAAGCAAGCAUCUCGAAAGACGCUUUAUUUGCUCAUUGCCACCCUCAACGUUGCCUUCCCCGACCACGAAUUCUCUGAUGUCAGGCCCUCUCACUUUGUCAAAGAAAAAGAUGGGGCAAACAUCCUCAACGCCCUCAGCAACACACUCUUAUCGCCCCAACGGGCAGGCUCAAACGCACCUCGCUCCUAUUCAUCCUAUCCACCGACCUCGCCAGACUUCUUUCCCUCGUCGGAAUCAAGUUCUUCAUCACCGUACGAUAGGAAAAUUCGCAGUCCAUUAUCACCGCCCGCCAUUGAGUCCGGUACUCAUCCAACCCUGUUCCGUCUCAUUGACGACGUGAUCGGACUAUCGGAAUGUGAAGUCUUUUCAUACACCCCCGAAAUCGACUCUGAUCCACACGCCAAUGAUUUCUCUGACGAUGAAGAUGAUGUCGCCUCCAUCGCCGAUGAGGCUUCCUCGAGCGACGAAGACGCCACCUUCGAAUUCGACAAUUAUGACAUCGAUGAGGUCAAACCAAGACAAUACAGUGGUCCCACCAAGAUCCCUCCUCCUACGCCACGCGCGGCUAUAAACUAUUCUGUUUUUGAAGAUAUUUCGUCACCAAUUUUAACGAGUCUGAGAUUGAAACGUCGAGGCGCUCUUCUUUGGUCAUCGCAUUGGUUCUUCCUGAAUCGCAAGAUGAAGCGGAUCUUGUUUGUAUCCGUAUGGGCCCGAAGUCGAGGCAUAGGUCGAAUGUACACCGGUGAUGAUGAAGAUUACGAUGUCUUUACUUCCAACGAACGUUUUCAGGCAUGGGAAGGAGGAGUCGGGCUUGGUGCGCGUUCUAUUGGAUUGAAUGGACAUUGA